AAAUCAAAAGGCAAAGUAUUAUAAACAGAGAUCCUACAAUGCUCUACAGCUCCUCCAGCUUUUAUUUACCAUAUGGCAAAAACCCUACACCCGUGUUUAAAAAAAAAAUGUGCAUGAUUUUACAAGCACCCCUUUUUGGGGGUGGAUAGUUGUACUUAUGUUUAAAAAAAAUCUGUCAGAAUCUAUGAAUCAAAUGUUCAUUGCAAUGAUAUUUUGUAGCUGAUAUCUACUAGUAUGUAGGCCUACUGUUUAAAGCAACAGUCACGCGUAUCCAUCUAUGACUCCAUUGAUGUUAAGAUAUACCCCACCCUCUGGAGAAUGCAAAAAAUGAAGAUUUUCAUAGCUCUGUGUCAUUUAAGCUACUUCUCAUGACAUUCUAGAGUGUGUGUCCCAGCCUUUAUUCACCCCGCCUAGUGACGACACAGACCACGUGAAGAGAGGGAAAGACACAUGUUCAAUUACAGCCACACGCUCUUAUCUAGCAUAUACUGAAAACAUAGUCACAUGGUUCGAAAGAAAAAUGAUAAUUGUAACCGAGAGGAGGAGGAAGUGAGCUCUGAAAAGCAGCAUUCUUACCUGACACAGUUUACUCUCACAAUAUACUCACAAAGACUCUGCGACAAAUGAAUUUACACAUUGACACGUCUGUUUACUUGGGCACCUGCUGGAGAAACUGACUCGGCCGAAGGAGAUGACAGAGAACAGGACUAUAGCCAGCAAUGGCACUCAAAUAGAUGAACUUAAAAUUGUGGUUGUUGGAGAUGGGGGUUGUGGAAAGACAUCCCUGCUGAUGGUGUACGCCAAAGGAGACUUUCCAGAGAAAUACGCCCCAUCUGUGUUCGACAAAUACGUCACCACUGUGAAUCAUGGAGGGAAAGACAUUCAACUAAAUCUUUACGAUACAGCAGGUCAAGAAGACUAUGAUCGCUUAAGGCCUCUCUCGUAUCAAGAUGUUAACCUUGUUCUCAUCUGUUAUGAUGUGACAAACCCAACAUCGUUCGAAAACGUCACGAUAAAGUGGUUCCCAGAAGUCCAUCAUUUCUGCCACGACACCCCCAUCAUCCUGAUAGGAUGCAAGACAGACUUGAGAAAUAACAAAGAGAAGAUGAGAAAACUCAAAGCCUCAGAUAUGGCUCCUAUCACCUACCUCCAGGGUGAGGAGAUCCAGAAGCAAUUGAAAGCAGAGGUAUACCUGGAGUGUUCGGCCAAAUACAGAGAAAACGUGGAGGACAUAUUCAGAGAAACGGCCAAGCGAGCGCUAGCAGCCAGAGCCAAAGCAAAACACGCACGCAAGAAGAAGAAGCACUGCAGCAUCCUGUGACCACUGCAAGAAAAACUUUUUGGAAACGUUCAGAUGAAUAUGAAAAGAAGGGCUGCGGCGUUUCGAAGGACAUGAGUGUGUGUUUUCUCACAGUCUUACUGGGACCACGUGGUGUUUAAGAAUGUGAGCCACACCUGCCUUUGCGUGUUGUUGAUAUAGUAUGAACUGAUAAAAUGCAAUGACGGGAAUGCAAGAAAUUAGACGUCACUGAAAAUGCUGCUGUUGUCUCAGGAAAGAAACCGAUUAUGGGAUAUCUUUUUGCAUCCAGUUUCCCUUUGGUGGCAGUGAUGGUGCACUGCAGAAGCCUUAAUAACUGCCUAUAUUGUGCACUGGGAUGUAAUGUGUUACUUCUUGUGCAAUUCUUUUGAUUUAUAUGCACAUUUACAUGUACAAGUUGCACCAAAACCUACUGUGGUUGUACUACGGUACAGUGAUAGUAUAAGAUGUCAUAAUUUGAUAUCAUAUGAUGACCAUGCUUGAAUAACUAUUAUAUUUAUGUAUGUGGUGUUUACAUUGUCCCUCUACUCUUAUGAAAAUGAACCGUGGUAUUAAAUUAAAUCAAACCAAAAAACAUUAAAUAUGGUAUUUUUAGUAAAGCUGUGGUACUACAAAUGAAAAUCUCCCAAAAAGACGUCUAGUCUUAUUUUACUAUAGUAAAACCAUGGUUAAUUUUUCAUAAAAGUUAUAGAAUACCAUAUGGUAUGCAAAACAACGUGUGUUUUCUUUUUGCAGAUGUUUUGACCAUUUCAACAAUUUUUUCAUUGUUUAUUUCAGUUUAUGACAUUCAGUUUAAUUCAUUCACAUGUUCAAAUAAAUGAGAAGGCUGACUGUUUUGAACAGGA